AUGUCUAUUAAUGAUCUUUUAUCUCCUAAUGGGAAAUUUUGGAAUUCUAUGUUAAUUCGAGAGUUAUUUGAUUAUGUAGUGGUGGAGGACAUUCUUCAAGUUCCUUUAGUUGAGGAAGUGCAGGAGGAUAAGUGGAAUUGGAAAGAGGAGCAAAAUGGGUGUUAUAGUGUCCGUUCUGGCUACAGGUUGUGGAGAAAGGAGCAUGUGAGGUUGGGUUCAAGUGGGGUGGAUGGUGACUGGUGUAGCCUUUGGAAUAUCAAGGCUCCCCCAAGAACUAAACAUUUACUUUGGCGGAUUUGUCGCGAUUGUCUUCCGACGAGACUAAGGUUGCGGCAUUAUCAUGUUUCUUGUCCUUCUAGUUGCUCUUUUUGUGAGGAUACAAUGGAGGACUCGUGGCAUGUGUUUUUUGGUUGUAACGCGACUAACCACUGUUGGCAAAUUACAGGUUUGUCCCACAUUAUUUAUCCUCGAUUACAAAUUUUCCAUGAUGUAAAAUCUUUGAUUCUUGAUAUCUGUAGUAAGGAGGAUAGUAUGAUUGCGGGUAGAGUUGCGGUAAUGCUUGUUAUUUUAUGGAGAAAUCGUAACAAUAUGGUUUGGAACAAUGAGAAGGAGGAAUAUUCUAAGCUUGUUUUAAAUGCUUUUUGUAGUUGGCAAGAGUGGUUUCUGGCGUAA